AUGACGGCUAUUCAGGAUUACCAGUACGGACCACUCGCAAACGAUGGCAACACGCGUUUCAUACAGCUGUACCCAGCGGCGCACUUCGAAGAUCCCAUACGCGUCGACAUCAUCGAACGGGCUUACGAUGCCUCCAAGACCCAAGACCCCGUCAGCUACGAAGCUUUAUCGUAUGCUUGGGGCUCAGAUGAAGAUUCGGCGUACAUCUUCGUUGGGGCGAACUCUCGCUUGCGUGUCCGUCACAAUGUUAUCCAGAUCCUGAGGUACCUGAGGGACGGUAUUACCCCAGAUUGCACUGCCCGAACCCUGUGGAUUGACGCUAUAUGCAUCAAUCAAGCGGACGACGAGGAGAAAGGAAAGCAGGUUACCGUGAUGGGAAAACUCUACGCAUGUGCUACGAGUGUGCUGAUCUGGACUGGAGAGCCCGGGUGCGAUUUGCAAGCGCUACAGCACAGCUUUGAACGAAAGAUAGAAUACACGCGCGAUGGGGAAGCUCGCUUCAUGCAGUUCUUUGAGACCGGAUGGUUUACGAGGCGCUGGGUAGUCCAAGAGAUCAUGCAUGCCCGCGAAGCCUACAUCAUUUCGGGUAGUGGCACAAUGCAGUGGCAGCAGUUCCGUGUCUUUGUCGAACAUCUGGAACAGAACGUUUCCUACGAAGCAGUGACACCACAUUUUACGGCAAUCUUGCAUCGCUUGAGCAAUCUCACUGCAGUACGAGAUACCAAGUCUGACGAGCUGUCUCAUUCAACAUCAAUUGUAGUCGACUACCAAGUCUCAGUCAACGAGCUUUAUGAUCGGUUGAGCAAGAUCGAAGUGAUCCGAUUUCCAAUGGCCAUCAUGAGCUGCGCUGGGUCCUUCGGUGGACUCGCUGCUUCAUGGGUCCCGGAUUGGAGGUUACCCAUGCGAUACAGGCCUUUCCAGUCAUCUCUCAAGUACGAAUGCUCAACUCUGCCAGUAGGGGUGUCAUUGGUUACCGUUGAAAAUAGCCUGCUCACGAUACAGGCAACCUUUGGUGGCGUCGUCGAUAGUGUCGUAGAUCCGCCAGGACCCGAACAUGAGACAGAAGAGAGGACCCUGUACCGAUGGGGUAACUACUUCAUCCAACAUCACGCCAUCGGUACGCCAGAGCAGAAAUCGAUGGAUGCAAUGAUCUUGUAUUGUGCUCUGAAGGUGAUACCCAUCGAAGACGAUGUUGCGGAUCCGCAUCCCUCUCCUUACAAAGCACAGCUGCGAUCUCGUUGGGAAAACAUACUCCGUCGUUGGAAUUCAUACGAAAAAUCAAAUAGGAAUAGGAAACCCGUUUUACGCCUGUUAUCCGAAGCAAACAGGAUGGGCCUCGCCCACACAAAGGAGGGCCGCUCGUGCUUUUUCACAAGUGCUGGGCUGUUCGGAUUAGGACCAAGCACAAUACAGGUCGGCGACUACGUUGUGAACAUGCCAGGAUGCGACUCCAUGAUGGCACUACGUCCUCUCAAGAUUGAACAGGAUAUCAAGCAGGUGGAAGGGAACAUGGGACCACCUCAGCAUCCGGCUAUGACGGUCGUCGGCGACUGCUGGAUACCUGAACUUGUCAAAUCCAAUAGGCAAAAUACUGCAUCUAACCUUCGCACAUUUCACAUUGUGUAG